AGGGGUAUUUGGCUGCGAGCAGAAAUCUUAUGAACGAUUACUGUCGGAGGCGUGCGAAUCGUGGUUCUGCCAGCCCAGGCAACGGGUCUGCGCGGCCUCGGCGACGGCCGGCGGAUUUCAGGCGACAUCUUUUGUGCUCAUAGCAUUACAGCAAGCGGAUUUCAGGCCACGUCUGAGCGACGCAGCCGUUGGCAAGUGACUGAUGGCAACAAAGCCCCACCGCCUUCACCAAAUGGCGUCAGUAUUGAGCUCUGCUAAGAAGCCACGGAUGAUGAGCACGAACUCUAGCAUGAAGGAGGAAUUCGCAAAGCAUGCUGAUUACCUCAAUCAACUCAAUGACAAGCGUGAGAGAGUUGUAAAGGCUAGCCGUGACGUUACAAUGAACAGCAAGAAAGUCAUUUUUCAAGUGCACAGGGCCAAUAAAGACAACAGAGAAGAAGUGUUGUCCAAGGCAGAAAAGGAUCUGGCAGCCGUAACUGAGCAGUUUAUGUCAAGAUUAGUAAAAGAAUUGAAAGGAAAUGACUUUUGGAAGCUUAGGCGUGCAUAUACAUUUGCUGUUCAGGAAUAUGUUGAAGCUGCAACAUUCUGUAGAUUCUGCAGGAAGGGAUCCCUUCUGGAUCUUAAAGAGAUUAAUUCUACUCUUCUGCAACUAAGUGAUCAAUAUGAAGAACCCUUGCAAAUAAAUGCCCUUGACUAUCUCCUAGGGCUUGCAGAUUUGACUGGUGAGCUAAUGAGGCUAGCCAUAGGCAGGAUAUCAGAUGGAGAAGUUGAGUAUGCUGAAAAAAUAUGUAGAUUUGUACAGGAUAUAUACAGAGAGUUAACACUACUUGCUCCCAUCAUGAAUGAUAACGCUGACAUGAAGAAGAAAAUGGAAACAAUGCUCCAAAGCGUAAUGAAGAUUGAAAAUGCUUGCUUUAGUGUUCAUGUUCGAGGAUCCGAGUACAUUCCUUUGCUUGGUACCAAUGAUGUUGAUUACUCUUUCAUGGGAUUACCAGACUUUGACUCUUAAGCACUGGCAAGUGGCAACUGCCCUGGCACACAUUGAAGACAAAAAAAAAGUGAUUGGAGCUUGGUUUUGCAGUGGGAUCAUUAGUUUUUUUUUUUUAGUUGGACAAGGCAUGAUUAAGGAUAUUUUCGAAGUUUUGAGGAUAUUUAAGGGAGUGGAUUGCAGAUUAGUUCUUCUGGAAAAUAAUUUAGUUAUUCUGGUUGCGAAAAACAAUUUUUCAUCAUGAAAUCUUUUAAAAAUUAUUAAGAAAGCAGCGAGAAAUUAGAAGUCAAAUGAAACUAUAGGUAUCAUUCG